CGUUUCAUACUUGUUGCGUUCUCAGUUAACUCACGAAGCUUUAGCCAUCCUGUGCGCUCUUUAAACCAGUGCAAAAAUGCGUCAACUAAAGCACCACGAGCAAAAGCUAUUGAAGAAAGUCGAUUUCUUGAGAUGGAAGAGCGACGACAAUGUUCGCGAGCUGCAGGUGAUGCGGCGAUACCACAUCCAGGACCGCGACGACUAUAAGAAGUACAACAAGAUUAGCGGUAUGGUCACAAAGCUGACCAGCAUGCUGAAGCAGCUGGAUGCGAAGGACCCGGCGCGCGUGGAGCUCACGGACCAGCUCCUGGAGAAGCUGCACGCCAUGGGUAUCAUCCCCACCAAGAAGAGCCUGGUGCAGUGCGACAAGCUGCCCACCGCCUCGUUCUGCCGGCGGCGGCUGGCGGUGGUGAUGGUGCGACUCAAGAUGGCGGAAACGCUGCGCGAGGCGGCCACCUUCAUCGAGCAGGGCCACGUGCGCGUGGGGCCCGACACGGUGACGGACCCGGCCUUCCACGUGACCCGCAACAUGGAGGACUUUGUGACCUGGGUGGACACAAGCAAGGUCAAGCGCAAGGUGCUCAAGUACAACGACAAGCUGGAUGACUACGACCUGCUCAUGUAGGAUAGUUGAUAUUAUUGAGUUUGAACCUGUGCUUGGAAUGUUAAGUACGAAUGACGUUAUACGGAUAUGAUACGGGACGUGGGCCUGGUGGCGAAACUUGCAGGGAGGCUUGGGAGCCACCCCUGUUGAGAGCUGUGCAUUAUCAUGACAUGUUUGAGCACUGCUCGCUAUAAGUGACUGCGUAUGUGUGUGGCUCAUGGCAGCUACAGAAUGUCAGGCUGGGGUCGCGCAACCGGAAGGUAUUCACGGCUGGGGCUCUCACGUUAGGGCGGCGUUUGUGUGCGUCUUCCCCCUUAUGUCAGCGUUUGUUGUGCGCGGCUUUGUAUUGAGGGAGUCUUGCUUAUGAUUGUUCGCCAGUUGGGGGCUUUAAGCAGGCCUUCGGUCGCAGGUUCGGGUGUUCGGCUCCGGGAGUGACCUGACCAGUCGCCGACACGACGCCGGCCCCGACGUCGUGUCAGUUUGUACGGUAGUGCAUGAUGCUGCUCAGCGCAC